AUGCUGCUGCACCACACCAUCAUGCUGACCUCUCCUCAUAUCCCACUCAGGAGGGCCACGUCCCUAGAGCUGCCGAUGGCCAUGCGCUACCGCCACCUGAAGGACACCGCCAGGGAGGCCGUGGGCGUCUUCAGGUCGUCCAUCCACGGCCGCGGCCUCUUCUGCAGGAGGGACAUCGACGCGGGGGAGAUGGUCGUCGAGUACGCGGGACAGGUGCGGGGGAUACGCGGGACAGGUGCGGGGGACACGCGGGACAGGUGCGGGGGACACGCGGGACAGGUGCGGGGGACACGCGGGACAGGUGCGGGGGACACGCGGGACAGGUGCGGGGGACACGCGGGACAGGUGCGGGGGACACGCGGGACAGGUGCGGGGGACACGCGGGACAGGUGCGGGGGACACGCGGGACAGGUGCGGGGGACACGCGGGACAGGUGCGGGGGACACGCGGGACAGGUGCGGGGGACACGCGGGACAGGUGCGGGGGACACGCGGGACAGGUGCGGGGGACACGCGGGACAGGUGCGGGGGACACGCGGGACAGGUGCGGGGGACACGCGGGACAGGUGCGGGGGACACGCGGGACAGGUGCGGGGGACACGCGGGACAGGUGCGGGGGACACGCGGGACAGGUGCGGGGGACACGCGGGACAGGUGCGGGGGACACGCGGGACAGGUGCGGGGGACACGCGGGACAGGUGCGGGGGACACGCGGGACAGGUGCGGGGGACACGCGGGACAGGUGCGGGGGACACGCGGGACAGGUGCGGGGGACACGCGGGACAGGUGCGGGGGACACGCGGGACAGGUGCGGGGGACACGCGGGACAGGUGCGGGGGACACGCGGGACAGGUGCGGGGGACACGCGGGACAGGUGCGGGGGACACGCGGGACAGGUGCGGGGGACACGCGGGACAGGUGCGGGGGACACGCGGGACAGGUGCGGGGGACACGCGGGACAGGUGCGGGGGACACGCGGGACAGGUGCGGGGGACACGCGGGACAGGUGCGGGGGACACGCGGGACAGGUGCGGGGGACACGCGGGACAGGUGCGGGGGACACGCGGGACAGGUGCGGGGGACACGCGGGACAGGUGCGGGGGACACGCGGGACAGGUGCGGGGGACACGCGGGACAGGUGCGGGGGACACGCGGGACAGGUGCGGGGGACACGCGGGACAGGUGCGGGGGACACGCGGGACAGGUGCGGGGGACACGCGGGACAGGUGCGGGGGACACGCGGGACAGGUGCGGGGGACACGCGGGACAGGUGCGGGGGACACGCGGGACAGGUGCGGGGGACACGCGGGACAGGUGCGGGGGACACGCGGGACAGGUGCGGGGGACACGCGGGACAGGUGCGGGGGACACGCGGGACAGGUGCGGGGGACACGCGGGACAGGUGCGGGGGACACGCGGGANUGAAGUCAAGCGCUUAUUUCUUGGCCGUAGAUGUGUAUAA